AGUGUUUGGCGUUGAGGCAGAGGGUGGUUGAAAACUCACUUUUUCUUCGUCGGGUGAGAACCGUUGCUGCGGCUCUUCGGCUGUGGUGUUGUCAGUUACAGCGUCAUUGUUCGCCUUCACUUCCUCGGGUUCCGACAUCUUUUACUAGUUUGCUGUUUUUGUUCCUGAGCAAAGCGAUGAGCGAAGGUCGUUGAUUGGCCUGCGUGCUCGUGAACCUGGCAAACGGCAGGCGGCUCAAGCGAAACUGCGGCUGUGCUGACGGCGGAGUGAAUGUUGGCGAUGUCGUCUCAGACAAUCCGCGAUUGUGAUGUUUUGUUGCCAAAAUGAAGGUGAGUAACGAAUUCUACUCUUUCGCGAGCUCAGGUUGUUGCUUUUCAUGACGACACGCGUUCUACCCUUCUAGGCUCGUAACCGAUUCCUUUCAACCCCACCAUCUUCCAGCAAACACCGCACCGCUUUUCUGCACAACCACCAUCCAAAACAUCACAAGCCAUCGCCAGCAGUCUUCACGCGCGGUGCAUCAAUUACCACUCUUUAACAGUAUUGAUUGUAUCAUAUUUGCGCUUUAUUCCCUUUAAGUUCUGCUAGAUUGACCAUACAAGCGGCCACAUCCAUCAUGGCACCUAAAACAGACUUCCCCCGCGUCAGAGCCUGUCUCUUCGACAUGGACGGCCUUCUCCUCGACACCGAGGACCUCUACACGCUGUGCAUCAACAUCAUUUUGGAAAAGUACGGCAAGCCUUCACUUCCCUGGUCCAUCAAGGCCCAACUCCAAGGCCGCCCUGGCCCAGAGGCCAACAAGAUCUUUAACGACUGGGCCCAGCUGCCCAUCGACUACGACGAGUACAUGCACCAGCUCACGGCGCUGCAACACCAGCUCUUCCCUACUGCCAAGCCCUUGCCGGGAGUUCCUCAGCUCCUCAAGGAUCUUUCUGGAACUGAGAAGAGCGAUGCUGCUCACCGUGUUCACAUUGCACUCGCCACAAGCUCACACGCUGCCAACUUCAAGCUCAAGUCCGACCAUCUCCAAGACCUCUUCAGCGUCUUCCCCAACGAACGCCGCGUCCUUGGAGACGAUUCGCGCCUAGAGCGUGGUCGUGGAAAGCCUCUUCCGGACAUCUUCUUGCUCUCUCUCAAGACCAUCAACGAUUCGCUGCCUGCUGGCGAAGAGCCCAUCAAGCCUGAGGAGUGCCUUGUCUUUGAGGACUCCGUUCCUGGCGUUGAGGCUGGCCGCCGUGCUGGCAUGCGCGUCAUCUGGUGCCCUCAUCCUAAGCUUAAGGAGGAAUUCGCUGGUAGAGAGGAGGAAGUCUUGGCGGCUCGCACUGGAGCUGGUGGUGGUGUUGAUGUUCACCAACUCGGCGAGCUUUGCGAUGGGUGGGCAGAGUACUUGCCGACACUUGAGAACUUCCCCUACGAGAAGUAUGAUAUCAAGAUUGCAGCUUAAUUCACUACACCUGAGUCGAUGGAAACGAGC